CAUACCAAACAUGGCUACUGACUGCUCCGGGUUGGUACCUAACAUAAAUGGAACAUGGAGGAGAGAUGUAAAGUACUCGAGGACCUUUCACAAUACCCUCACUCGCACCAGGGCUGAAAAAGAGUAAUGGAGAAGAAAACCAUAGCUGAUGUUGAAGUUAAUGACAUGAUCAAGGCAGGCUUGUCAAUGGAGGAGGCCAAAGAAUUUCACAAAAUCCUCAAACAAACGAUUGCUGAAGCGAAAGGGUCAGACGCCAGAGAGGUUUGGCAAAAGGUGGUGGCUAAGAGAAUGCUAAUGCCUUGGCAUCCACAUCGGCUGCACCAACUCAUCUACUAUUCUGUCUAUGCUCACUGGGAUGCCUCCAUUAAUGGACCUCCUCUUUAUUGGUUUCCUUCUCUAUCUCAGUCAAAAUAUACAAACUUAGGACGUGCAAUGGAAAUUUAUGGUCCUAAGUUCUUAGGAGCUUCAUACAAGGAUCCUGUAACAAGUUUUAGGCUCUUUCAGAAAUACUCUGUUCAACAUCCUGAUGAUUAUUGGUCAAUUAUUCUGAGAGAGCUUUCGAUUGUAUUUCAUGAAGUUCCAAAGUGUAUUAUUGACACCACCAAUAAAUCAAAACACGGAGGGAAAUGGCUACCAGGUUCAGUUCUGAAUAUUGCUGAAUGCUGUCUGCAGCCUUCCAGUCAUCCUAGAAAAAAUGAUGACAGUGUGGCUAUUGUAUGGAGUGAUGAAAGUGAUAAUUCCAAAGUGAAUCACAUGACAUUAAAAGAACUUCGAGAACAAGUAAUGUUGGUGGCUAAUGCUUUGGAUGCAACAUUUGCAAAGGGCGAUGCAAUUGCUAUUGACAUGCCAAUGACAGUCAGUGCUGUUGUAAUAUACCUGGCCAUUGUAUUAGCAGGCUUUGUUGUUGUAUCCAUAGCUGAUAGCUUUGCAGCCAAGGAAAUUGCCAGUCGUUUACGCAUUUCCGAUGCUAAAGCUAUCUUUACUCAGGAUUAUAUAAUCAGAGGAGGUCGCAAAUUUCCUUUGUACAGUUUUUCCCCCCUCUUUUGCAGUCGCGUAGUAGAGGCUAAUCCACAUAAAGCCAUUGUGAUCCCAGCAAUAGGGAGUGAUGUAGGCAUUGAACUAAGACAACAGGAUCUGUCAUGGGAAGAUUUUCUGUCAAGUGUCAAUCACCUUCUAAGACCAAAUUAUUACUGUCCUAUUUAUCAACCAGUAGAUUCUAUCACUAAUAUACUCUUUUCAUCUGGAACCACAGGGGAACCAAAAGCUAUAUUAUGGACCCAACUUUCUCCAAUUCGAUGUGCUAGCGAUGCGUGGGCUCACAUUGAUAUUCAAGUUGGUGAUGUUUACUGUUGGCCCACAAAUUUAGGAUGGGUGAUGGGACCAAUUUUACUUUACUCAUGCUUUCUAAAUGGAGCAACACUUGCUCUCUUUCAUGGAUCUCCUCUUGGCCGUGGGUUUGGAAAAUUUGUUCAGGAUGCUGGAGUUACUGUUUUGGGUACAGUUCCAAGUUUAGUGAAAGCUUGGAAGAGUACCAACUGUACGGAAGGAUUAGACUGGACAAAGAUAAAAUCCUUCUGUUCCACUGGAGAAUCCUCCAAUGUUGAUGAUGACCUUUGGCUUUCUUCAAGAGCUUAUUACAAGCCUAUUAUUGAAUGUUGUGGAGGCACAGAGCUUGCAUCAUCCUAUAUCCAAGGAUGUCCACUUCAGCCACAAGCUUUUGGAGCAUUCAGCACUGCAUCAAUGACAACAGGCUUUGUCAUCCUUGAUGAAAAUGGAGUUCCUUAUCCUGAUGAUCAACCCUGUGUUGGUGAAGUGGGUUUAUUCCCUCUAUACCUUGGUGCAAGCGAUAGGUUGCUUAAUGCUGAUCAUUACAAAGUGUACUUCAAGGGAAUGCCAAUGUUUAAGGGAAUGCAUCUCAGGAGACAUGGAGACAUACUUAAGAGAACUGUUGGAGGGUAUUUCAUUGUACAGGGCAGAGCUGAUGACACCAUGAAUCUUGGUGGCAUUAAGACAAGUUCUGUUGAAAUUGAGCGUGUGUGUGAUCGGGCUGAUGAAGGCAUCAUGGAGACUGCUGCAAUUAGUGUAGCACCAGUAGAUGGUGGUCCGGAACUCUUAGUAAUUUUUGUAGUUCUAAAGAAGGGAUUCAAUGUUGAACCAGACAAGUUGAAAAUGAAAUUCUCCAAAGCCAUCCAAAGCAAUCUCAAUCCCCUGUUCAAGGUGAGCUUUGUUAAGAUUGUCCCUGAGUUUCCUCGAACUGCUUCUAACAAGUUAUUAAGAAGAGUACUGAGGGAUCAAAUGAAGCAUGAGUUAUCCCUACGCAGUAAAAUCUAGCGUGAGAAUCAUCAAAAUAUUUGUACAUUUCAUUUGAAGAAGUUGCAUAUUCAUGUAACAUGUCUGAAAUGUUUGUUGUAAAUCUUGUGAUGUAAUAGUUCGUUGCUGAAUGUGAGCUUUCAUUGGUGGCCAUCCAUCAAAACUGGAAUAAGAAGUUUCAUAGUCCCACACAUAGAAUGACCUACCAGCUUUCUAUAUUUUAUUCUAAUCAUAUAGUAUAAGCUUGACUUUAUAUAAUAAUGAGCAUAAUAUUUACAUUAA